AUGCCAGUUACUAAAUCUUUAUCUAAGUUACAGAAGAACUUUUCCAAGAAGGGCAAAAACGCCACGAUUCAUCCCAAGGGUAGAAAGUAUGAAAAGCUAGUCAAGGCCACUAUGCGUGAGGAUAAAAUCGCUGUCAAAAAGAAGCUUCAUCAAGACAAGAAAGUUCACGAAUUGGCUCGAGUAAAAUUUAUGCAAGAUAUAGUUAACUCCAAUACAUUCAAAGAGCAACCAAUAUUUGAUCAUGCGCAUACAAGAGAGUUCAUUCAAAGUUUCAUUGAAAGAGAUGAUGUAGAAUUAAACGAAUUGAAAAGAAAAAGAAGGUCAAACAGACCACCAAGCAAUAGACAGGUGCUAUUACAACAAAGGAGAGACCAAGAACUGAAAGAAUUUAAGUCAGGAUUUCUCUGCCCAGAUUUAAGUGAUGCAAAGAACAUGGAAUUUCUAAGAAACUGGAAUGGCACUUUUGGACUUUUGAAUACCUUAAGGUUGAUCCGAAUUAAUGAUGAUGGUGAACAAGUCCUGGGGGGAAAUGAAUAA